AUGCUUGCUGGAACAGGCUGGGGUGCCGAUGCUAAGACAUUACGGGUAGCAGCAUUAAGCCUAGUUUAUAGUACAGCAGAGUAUGGGUCCCAAGUUUGGUGUAAUAGCACACAUGUACGCAAAAUAGACACGCAACUCAAUAGCGUAAUGAGAGUAAUAAGCGGGCCAGUUAAAUCUACACCACUGCAAUGGCUACCGGCACUGGCGAAUAUUAAACCACCACACAUUCGUAGGAAAGAUGCACUUGUAAAAACCAUUAAGAAAUCUGUAGAUUACAAGAAUUCACUUUUAUACCAGAUGAUGUUUCAAACACCCAAUCAACGAUUAAAUCCAGGAGCCCACCUGUUGUGUACGCCAGAACACUGA